AUGGCUUCCUCCUCCACUUACAACUGUGACUUUCCCACUCUUCCUGGCUCGGUUGCUACUUACUCCCCAGGCCAUUCUCCCCUCAACUUCAUUUCGAAUCUCACCAACCACGACCCGAUAGCAAAUAAGUUUGCUGUCUCCUUCAUCAACCCUGCUGCUAGGGUGCCUUUUUCUGCAGCUGACUUGGAUCUGGGAGUGCCGGACUGGAAGCAUACUCUGGUCGGGUAUUCGGUUGGACCCAGACCGACAUACCUCAGCCUUCAAUCUGCGAUCAGGAAGGUAUGGUCCUUGAAAGGUGCGGUUGAACUACUAUCCCUGAAUGAUGGUUUCUUUUUGUUCAAAUUCGCCUCACCUGAAGAUUUUGAGACAGUUUGGACGGGUGGUCCUUGGUUUCUUUUUGGGAGGCCAUUCAUUCUCCAACAGUGGACUCCCAAAUUUAAACCUAGGCUGGAGGAGUGCAAUUCCAUUCCCAUUUGGAUCAAAAUCGUUGACCUCCCGUUAGCGGUUUGGAACCCGUUGGGCAUUUCUAAGAUUGCCAGCUUUGUAAGUCAUCCCUUGGCUGUUGAUGCCCUUACAGCUAGGAAGACCCGCUUGACGUAUGCUAGGGUCUGCGUGAUGGUUACCAAAGAAUCCUCUUUCCCGGAUGAAAUCCCUAUCUCCAUGGAUGGGGAUGAAAUGUCUUUACAAGUGUUAUAUGACUGGAAACCAACUCCAUGUGCCGGUUGCGGAUCCCUUGUUCACCCUUCCAGUUUAUGUCACAAAAACCCUCAACCCAAACCGCCGGCAAAACCUCAAGCUAGAGGAAGGAGCUCCAGUCGAGCUCGACCAGCUCUUCUGCCACCUAAAGUGCCUGUCCCUCAACCGAAUCCUCCCCUCCUUCCAUCCUCUGUUAUUUCUGCCACUGCCGAUUCUACAGCCCUCCUUCCAUCUUCUGUUAUUCUUGCUAAUGCUGAUUCUACAUCACAAGAUCCCACCCCUCUUAACACAGUUGUCAUUACUCAGACCCAGGACAUGAAUAUAGGAGACUCUGCUACUCCUAGAAUUCUCCUUCCCAAUCCGCAGCCGGACAUCUCAACUUCGGUUCACCCAGUAGAGGACCCUAUACCUAAUCUAAAUUCACCGAUUGAUGUUGCCUCAUCAUCGGAGCAAAUACCCAGCACCUCAACUGAGAAUAGUCAAUCAACAAGAUCUUGGUUUCCAAGACCUGGGUUCCUCCUCUCAGCAGAUUGUUGA